AUGACGGUGUCACUUCGCCUUUCGAUGCUGCUCUUGGUGGUUGCUGUCGCUUUGGCAUCGCUGCUGCCGACAGCGUCUGGCAUGAGUCUUCCAGCCGGCGAACACAUUGGAAUCCCUGCCCAUGUUGCACCAGCGGGCGAACACGUUGGUACGCCAAUUCAUGUUGCACCGGCUGAGCACCAUCUUGCGACUCCGGCGCACGAUUCUCCUGCUAAACAAGACGUUGGAAAACCGGAAUACGUCGCCCCUACAGGCAAACACAUUGGUACACCAGCUCAUGUUGCUCCCGCCAAGCAGCAUGUUGGAACACCAGCGCAUCCCAACGCCGCUAUCCACCUCCCGGACUCUAUCGCCUCGCUUUCGCAUCCACGUAUUCCCGAACCCAAAUCCAACCUGCAGGCGCGCGGCCGACACCACGCCAAGGCGCGUCAACAAGUGCCCAACGGAAAGGUGACGUUCUACUCGGGCUCUCAGCUUCUCAACCCCGCCUGUCCCGGCGCACCCACACCGAGCGACUCGAGCAUGAUCGCCGCCAUCUCGUUCGACUCUCCCUUCCACUGCGGUGAUCGAGUGAUGAUCUCGGGCAAGGGCAAGCAAGCCGUCGUGACAAUAGUGGAUCGAUGUGCCGCCUGCACUAACAAUUGGAUGGACGUCACCAAGGGCGUAUUCCAGGUGUUUAGCGGCCUGGAAACUGGUGUAUUGCACGACGUCAGCUUCACCAAGAUGUGA